AUGCCACACGACUCACGACGUCGAGCCGGGCCAAUUUUCCUGAAAGUCUUCAUAUGCCUGUUCUCCAUAGGUACGUGCUAUUUUUGCCUAAAUGGACUAUUAUUGCGGUCGGUUGAGAAUUCACGAUCAAGCUCGGAUUCUACUUACAUAAGCAGUCGAUUUGAUGAAGACGAUCUCGGGUGUAAUGGCUUUUCGAUGCAAGAAAGGGUGGAAACCCAACGCCGGAUUUUGGAAUCGAUCAACCACGAUAUUUCGAUGGCCUCCCAAAAACUCGGCUCUACCGUUGCCCAACUAGAGACGAUAAUGAAGCAAAUAUUUGAGAAAAGGGACGAAUUAGAAGCUACGGAUCUGCAGAAAGAGGUUGCACUUCGCGAGUUGAGGGAUCUCGAAGAAAAACGGAUGGUACGGGUGCGAUUGCCCUAUUCUCCAUUGGAGAUCAGAAACACUUCCAUCCCGGCCGCCACCAUAAAGCAAUCAAGGCAUCUCGAUGAUAUGUUGGACUUCAGUCGUUGCCCAAUAGCUAACUUCCUGAGCGUGUACGUCUAUCCCUUGCCGACCAAUGCAGGAUCGUUGGCGAGAGAGUAUUACGAAACAUUGCGAAGAACGCCGUGGAGUAUUGCUGAUCCCGCACAGGCCUGCAUUUUGCUCAAUAUCGCCGAUGAUAACUCCCCGCAGCAGGAUGUGCUGCCCUUUUCGGCGAAAACUCCAAACAACAUGGUUGUCAAUGUUGGGGAAAAGUCGCGGUUUGAUCCCACCACGACAAUCAUUUAUGUCGAACCAAGAGCGCUCAAAGAAAAUACGAUGUCACUGUGGCCGAUUUAUCUCAACGUAGCCGAACGGUUCGAUUGGCGAACGUACCCAACACUACAGCCAUACGAACGAAAAUAUCUGUUCAACGUGAUGUCGUACGACAAUUAUUCUCCGGAUGAACUGAACGAGCUGAGGGUUUCUGCUCAAAACUCGCUGGAUCAGGCAUCGAUCAACGAUUGUCCCCAAGAUGAAGCCUGCAAGCAGAAAGCUGAAAUCCUGGGAUUAUCCACAUUCACAAUCAUCACGGCUGACGCCAACAUCUAUGAGAACUUUUAUCGAGCGCUGGCACAGAAUUCGGUACCGGUGGUGAUGUCGAUGAAUAUUAGGCUGCCCUUUGAAGAUUGUAUCGACUGGGGCCUGGCGGCGAUACGAUUGCCACCCGCCCGUCUUCCUGAGCUGCAUUUUAUUUUGCGCUCCUUCGCUCCGACACACAUCAUUGAAUUGCGGCUGAAUGGACGUCGCUUUUUCGAGAAGUACAUCGGAAAUGUAGAGGGAAUAAUGCAUACACUCUUCGGCUGCCUGUCGACUCAGCUAUUCUUGCCCUCGCGUCCGCAGACGGUGGUGCAAUCAGCGUCCCUUUUUGAAGGAUCGUUUAUGGCCCCGAUUCGCCUUCCAGUUAAUCGUCCAAUUGAUGAGGAAUACUUGGGCCCGCUUGAAGCGCCCGUCGAUUCACCCAGCUUCCAGAAUAACUUUACCGCCCUUCAGUUGUAUGCCCACAAGAUCUGGUCAGCUGCUCAUUCGGCCCAAUUUUCGCCGGAAUACCUUCCAUUUGAAGAUGAAAUCCCAUCGCUGCUGUCGCAUCAACUCGGUUCCAGCCUAGUAAUGCGACCAAUGUUGCCCGGCUCCGGAAAAGAAUUCAAAGAAGCGCUAGGCGGCAACCGCGAGAAAGAAUCUUUUACAGCUGUGAUACUAACGUACAAUCGAAGCUCUGUCUUGGAUGCUACACUAAGGAAGCUUCAUGGAAUGAAAAACCUAAACAAAGUGCUCGUGAUUUGGAACUCGCCAGUGAAUGAAACGGUGUUUUCGUGGCCGGCGCUGCAUGUCCCUAUUGAGCCACAAAUGGAAAACAGCUUGAACAGUCGUUUUGUGCCGUGGGAUCGGAUCAAAACUGAGGCUGUACUUUCGUUGGACGAUGAUAUCGAUAUCCGGAAAGAUGAGAUCGAUUUGGCUUUCAGGGUUUGGCGCGAGAAUCGCGAGUCGAUCGUUGGCUUCCCGGCGAGAUACCACGCGGAGUUCGGCGGCGAGCUGUAUUACAAUAGCAACAAGACGUGCCAAUACAGCAUGAUACUGACCGGAUACGCCUUUAUUCAUAAGAACUAUUUCAACGCGUAUACGCACUCUAUGGUAUCUGAUGUACGGAAUCACGUGGAUUCGGUGAUGAACUGCGAAGACAUAGCUAUGAACUUUCUCGUCUCUCAUAUCACUAGGAAACCACCGAUCAAAGUGACGAGCAAAUGGACGUUAAGGUGUCCGAAUUGCGCAGAAAAAUUGUCCGAUGACGACGGUCAUUUCAACAAACGACACGAAUGUAUUCGUCUCUUCACCAAGAUUUAUGGCUACAACCCGCUCAAAAAUACUCAAUAUCGGGCCGAUUCGGUGCUCUUCAAGACUCGGGUAGAAAAUGGUGCCCAAAAAUGCUAUAAUUUUGUA